UCGCUUUGUUGAAGACUAUUCUACUCAUACAUAAACAUACACACAUAUAUAUCUUUCCCAUUACCAUAAUUCUAUAUACAUUUACAUUCACAUCCGAUCAUGGCAAAUCUUAGGGCUUUUUUCAUCUUCACUCUCCUUCUCCUAUCAUCUUCUUUCUUUUUACAAGUUGUUAGAUCCCAGUCUGAAUCAGAUUCGGAUACGGAGAAUGCUGAACUUGUAGCAGAAACAGUUGAGGAAGGAAUUGUUGGUGAUGAAACUCAAGACUUUGGUUUUGGGAAUUAUAACCCGGCUCCUGGUGUUGAAACAGUUUGUGUUUUCCCUAAGAACAUUGCCAAAUUUGUAGUAGCAGGGCAAGAAACUGAAGUUUUGAUUGGAUUGAAAAAUGAGGGGGAGCAAAAUGUGAAGGUUAUUGCAGUUCAUGCUAGCGUUCAUCUCCCUUAUGAUCAUCGGAUGUUGGUCCAAAAUCUUUCUACAGUGGCUUUCAACAAUGCAUCAGUUCCUGCUUCAGUUCAAGCUACUUUUCCCUAUAUGUUUGCUGUCAGCAAAUUCUUACAGGCUGGAACAUUUGAUCUUGUUGGGACCAUAGUGUACGAGAUAGACCAAGUCCCAUACCAGAAUACUUUCUAUAACGGCACCAUUGAAGUUACCGAAGCCGGUGGCUUUGUUAGUGUUGAGACAGUGUUCCUAGUUUCUCUUGGACUUGCUCUUCUUGUCCUUGCUGGCUUGUGGGUUCGCACUCAAUUACAACUCCUUUCUAAGAAAACCAAGAAGAUAACAAAGGUGGAAGUUGGAACUCGAACCGUUGAUGCAUCCAUGGACGAGUGGCUGCAGGGAACUGCUUAUACUCAAUCCCAGUCGAACAAAUUGAAAAAGAAGAAGUAGAGAGAGAAUUUUGUAACUGACAUUGAGCUAAUGAACUCUGUUGUAGAAUGAGCAAGAAUUCUCGUUUUGUUUGAGUUUUAGCUAGCAAUUACGGAUUGUUUGUUUUUUA